GUGGUGUGAGGACUGUUUUGUGACUGUCAAGUGGCUACGCGAUGUCUGUAAACUGACCUGUGGAGGUAAAAUUUUCUGCCUGACCAGCAUCCAUCAUGCAUCUUUAAUGGCCAUGCAUGAUUGAUGCGUCCGCUGCCCGCGGCCACUGGUACAGUUCUGUGCUCACCCCCCACGGCUGGCAGACCCAGAUCCCUGCAGCAGUCUGCUUCCACUCUGCAGAAAACACACUUGUGACACAGAAGGUGUCAAAAAAAAAAGUAGCGUUUUCAUCCUGUGAAUAGUUUCACAGUUGUUGAACCCGGAGCUUUUUGGGUGUUACUGGACCAUUUCUCUGUCAGGUGUAAGACACUUGGAUUCAUGAACAGCACAGCUGGAACUGCACCCCCAGUAGUAGUCAUUGGCCUGGAUGUUGUGGGUCCGUGGCAUCAAAGAGGUGCUGAGAAGAGUCUGGUUCAGACCCGGGUCCUGUCCGGCUCUGUGCACCUGCCACCUGCAGCAGGAGGACACAGCAGGACUCCACUGCGGCUGCCGUCUCUCAGCUCUGCAGCCAGAGGAACCCAAGCAGUUCGGCUCAGGUAAGACCUCAGCUUUGAACUGUUCCAGAGGUCAGUGUUAUAAGUCAAAGAGUUUGGAGAGUGUUGCCUGUGGAGAACAAAUUGGGCAUAAUCAGUGUCUCAGUGAACCUUCUCUCAGGUCAAAGGUCGAGUGGUUCUCCAGCUGCCACUCCGCUGUGUCCCAAAUGCGACCACCUCCUCCCACUGCAGAACUGGCAACAAACCAGAGUUUUCACCCAUGUGAUCUCAGUCCACCCUGUCCAACCCAGCAGAAUCAGCACCAAAUCCAAUCCACUUAUAAGUGCAUCUUACAGGCCGUGCAGCCCGGCUCCAAGCUGUUGCCACCACCGCCACUUAGGCGCCAUUCACACAACGCAAGCCUGAGUGCGGAGCUGGCACAGGCUGACCUCCGACCUUUAGCACUGCGGUAUCGCAGCUCUUCGUCCCACCCUCGGGGAGAACUUCUGUUUGUUACAGGGAAGUCGUGCCUUCCGACUGGCACUCGGCGGCCACCUCGGGCCGGUCCUGUGUUCCCGGCACGCACACAGCUGCACGUGUUUCUGCCUGGUGAGAGCGAGGAGGCGGACAGCGACUCUGUGGAUGAGGGCUUCAUGGAUGAGCUGGACAGCAAAGUAUUGUCUGUGAAGCUGCAGAGAGUGCCACCAAGGACCACAUCACAGUGUGCACAUGGAAACAGAGAAAAAUGCAUGUAGUGGUGCAGCUUAGCUAACAUUUCCAUAACAAUUGUGCAUUUUGUGAUAAGAGCAUAGAAUUUGGCGCACAUGCAGUGAGGCAAAUAAGUAUUUGAUCCACUGUCGAUUUUGCAAGUUU